AUGCUUGUUCGCUCCAUCCUACUGGGUGGUGCGGCCAUGGGCGCCAGUGCCUUCCUGGUCGUCCCUGAAAUGGAACCUCAAAUGGAAGCCGUCGAGGACGGUUUCAUGAAUAUUUCCCCGAUGCUCCGUGAAGAUACCCGCCAUGCUCUGGUUGACCUGCCCUGUACCGACUGUCCCAUCCGCCGGGUCGAUAAGGAGGGUGCCGUGAGCUGGGUUGAGGGCGAGCCCUCGUCCCUGAUGCUCGACUUCGCUAUUGAAGACAACCGUCUGCUGGCCAACGAAAUCGAAGAUGGCGAAGUCGCUGGCCCCAUGUCCGUUGGCUACGCCCUCGAGGUCAUGCCGGUUCAGACCCCCUUCGAUGAGGCCGGCGCCGACCUACUCGAUGUCCGCUUCACUAUCCUCGACUUGGAUACUCGCCCCGUCCCCAUUGACACCGUCGCCAUCACCCUCGUCCAGGAUUCCACUGGCGAGUUGUUAAUCGCGAAGACCGAGGUGGAGGAGAGCACACUUCCUUCCGAACGCAAAUCUUGGAAGAAGUGCCAGGGUAAGCCGAAGUGCCUCCAGGAGCUUCUGUUUUCCCGCAUUCAUGGUCUCCUCGCCCACGCCAAGGACCGCAUGAUGGGCAAGGGACCAGGCCCCCAGGCCGGUACUCCGGGCAGCCGUAAGGGCUGCGGCGGCAAGAAAGGCCUGAAGGGUCUCCUCGACAUUUUCGGCAAUCACCACGGCCCACACAAGCACCAUGAUGAGGCUGGUCCUGAGGGUCACCACCGCCACCACGACGAGGGGGAGACUGGCCCCGAAGGCAUGUUCCACGACUUGGAAGGCCCCACGGAUCACCAUGGCCACGGCCACUUCAAUCCUGAAGCCGUCGAUCGUCCCCGCCACCAUAUGCACCAUGGCCCUCAUCACGGUGCUUUCGCCCAUACUUUCUCUCGCGUUGUCCGCUUCAUCCUGGUCCCUGCUAUUCUCGGUGUUCUGGCGGGUCUCACUGCCAGCGCCGUUGGCAUGCUUGUUGGCCAGGCCGUUGUCUUCCUUUGGCAGCGUUAUCGUGGCGACAAGCCUGAGGAGCACAAGGCCGCUUGGGAGCAGGGUGAUGCUUGUGAGAAGCAGGGCCUGAUGAGUGAGUCUGAGAAUGUGCUCCCCGAGUACAUUGAGUCUUCAUCGACUCGUGCAUCCAUGGACAAGCACUAG